AUGGCCCGGGCACCGAACUGGAGGGGAGCCCGCCAGGGGCGCUGUGCGAACUUAAAUCAUCCACUUCACGACCCCUGUGAUGCGAUCAAUGGAAUAACUCGACGAGAUCAGGUCUUGAUCUUUCGCUUACAAACUGGACACAACAGGCUCAAAGCUCACCUAUUCAGUAAGUUCAAAAUUGGCUCUACUCCCCUCUGCUAG